CAUAGACCUUCAGCCUUGGGCAAGUCCUACUCCUUCCCUGACAUAUGAAGCCUUGAGGUUCCUGAAGUAUAUUAGCACUUCUCAGACUGGGAAGUGAUGAUAACCAGUUCGAGAUCAGCAUGGCCAGCAGCGGAUGUGAGGUGCAUCGAUUUGAUCCUAGUAUCAAAUCAGCGCACAUCCAGGAGGGACAACAUCUCUGGUACCAUCGCCUGUCCAUUGACUGGAGAGAUCCUAACCCCGUGAUUGCUGCUCAUAGACUGCGCAGCAAUACAAAAAAGCUUGGCACAAUCUUAAAUGAAUUUGGACACCAGAAGAUUGAUAUCCUUAAGGCAGAUAUGGAGAGUGCUGAGUGGAAAAUUUUGGAAAACCUGAUCCUGGAAGAUAUUGUUGAACAGAUAGGACAGCUGAUCUUUGAAGUCCACAUUCAUUGGCCUGGAUUUGAGGUUAGUGGCAACGACAGCACUGUGGUUCGAUACUGGUACAGCCUCCUCAAAGAAUUAGAACUGAAGGACUUCAGGCUCUUCCAUACUUACAAAGACUUGUCUAAGCCACAGAUGUUUCUGAAAAAGGAAGCCUUCAAUGCAAGUAGCUCUUAUAUACUAAGCUGGGUAAACACAAGAUGGAAAUAGCAGACAGGAAGUUAUGACGUGCAACUGUGAUUCAUUCUGCUUAGUAGCAUUAUUGAAGAUAUUAGAGCAACUGGUUAGUUACUUAACUUGCAUACACUGGCUCUACUAACAAAAUGAACUUGUUCUGUUCCUCAUCAAAAAAUGGAACAGAAGUUAGAUGCUGUACUAAAGGACGAAAAAUCUCUUGUAUGGCAUUUCACCAUAGGUUGCACUGUUAGAUACGAGGGAGAGGUAUUUUAAAAUGGUUUGUUUGAAGUGGUUAACAGAAUUAAUUUAUGAGUCUGCACACAUGGCUGAGAGUUAAUUCCUGCCUUCCCAAAGCACAUUAGGGAGAGAGAAUCCCUGCUGGGUAGUGAAAAUUCCUCUUCGAGCAUUGUCUCAGCAAUUAAUACAACAAAUGGCAACACAUGCUGCUUAAAAACUUUUCAUGGAUGAACAGAAGUUACUUGUGCUGGCUUUCCCUUAAGUGACUGUAUUUUUUUAAACAGUACAAAGUCAGUCAAAAGUACAGCAAUGGUUGUGAAGGCUGUUUUUUCUUGCGGGAAGGUAUUAUUUAAAAGGGACUGCAACUGGAAACUAAGUCAGUAUGGGCAUGGAAAUAUAGAUUUAAAAAAAUGCUACACCUGCCUGUGGAUGUAACUGUAUUCCCCCUUCACCCCUGCUUAUACUCUUUGGCCCAAGUCCAUCUUGUGCACUACUACGACCAAGUCUAAAUGAGCCAGCCAGCCUUUCUGGUCUCUCAGGAGUGCAACUGCUGGAUGCUACAGACUUGGGCAGCACACAUUAAAAUGCCCAGGAAAGUCACUCUGCUCCCUUUCUCCUCCUUCACUCUCCACCUCAGAUUACCAGAAGCACAACACAGGAACGUACAUUUGUUUAUAGGUCUGGCCAAGGAUCUCCAAUACAAUACAUUUUUGGAAAGUCAAGGAUAGGAGAUGGUUAAAGCAUUUGUGUAAGGAUUUUUUUUACAUUAAACAUUGUAUUACUUCUUAAUACAAGCGGUUUCCAUUGAUUUGUUACUCCUUUAACCUUCUUAGUUUCCCCCAUCUGUUCCCUCCUACUUCUUUCCUCAGUUCCUUACCUUGCUUUUAAUCUUUCCUUUUCCCCAUAUUUUACUCUGUCCAUUUAGCUCUCCUUUUUCCCCUCCCAUAAUCCAAUUUUAUACUACCUCCUACUCUCCCCACACCCUCCACAAAAUUCCCAUUCUCCUGGUGUACUUCAUACUGCAUGUGUGGUACCAGAUAUGCCCACACAUGCUUUGGCUACUUGCUGAGCUAAUAUACAACUCUCCUAACAAUUCUAUAUACUGCUUGAAUUGGAUACUCAACUCCACAGUAACCCCAGGACCAUUAACUACUGUCCUCCAUGUACAUUGUUUAUUCUUCUACACCCUUCUGCUUCUCCCACCUUCCUCUGCCUUUGGAAGCUCCUUGUCUUCAUGCCAGCAAUAACAGUCUCCUCUCCUUUACUUGGCUCUUCCUCCUAGAACCAGUCAGUAGCCUGAUGAGUCCCAGUGUGGUGGAUCACCUUCUUCUCCUUUCCUUUCCAUGUUGCACAGUGCUAUCUCCCUUAUUUCCAAUCUCACUGGGAACAUAGGGACCAUAAUGAAAGAAGCAAACACCCUGAAUAUGUCCAUUACAGAAUAAUGUGUCUAUCGCAGAGAAGCCUCUCAGUGAAAGAUUGCCUUAGGCUCUGAUGCAUUUGUGUUUACACCCCUACCUAAAAUUUAAAAUAAAGCUUUAUUUGCUGUACA